GGAGUAGAAGCAGGAGGAGGAGGAGGGGAGAACAGGAGUUUCUUCCCCCCUCACCAAUCCAACUGUUCUUCAUCGCGCAGUCUGUAACAACAGACAUCCAGCUUGAGAGGAGGAAACAGCAGACGCUUUCUUCUCCAUGUUAGAUCCUCUUCAGUCGGCAUGUUUUAAAACAACAGCACUUGAAACGCUACUUUUCAACCAUCUCAGGUAUUCAGUCACAGGAUGGACCACUCAGCUCUGCACUGCCUCAUCGGCCUGUCCGUCAUUCUGCUAACCAGGCUCCCCACUUAUGCCACCCCAUUCAUUUCUAAUGACUCUUUGGAGGGCAGUGGACAGUGGGGCUCUGGAAGCACAGACCUGACCCCCACACCCACCAUUUCCGUCUUCAAUGAAUCAGUGAAGUCCACCUCCAUAGAUGGAGAAAAACAUAGCAAAUCAUUCUUGGAUCAGCUGGUGGACUUCUUACAAGAGAACCACCUUCCCAUAAUCGUCAUUACCACAUUACUUUUUCUCAUCAUCACCAUCCUCUGCUCAGCUGCCAUCUUGAGUCGCAGACGUAAAGUCAGCACCUACUAUCCUUGCGCUUUCCCUCCCAAGAUGUAUGUGGACGAGCAAGACAAGACCGGAGGAGCACGCUUCUUCAGCGAAGUCCCAGAGAAAGCCAACUCCAGCUCCAGUGAGGAGCCAGUGAAUUUAGCCAGGCAGCUCCAAGAGGACAUUAUGCUGGCUACCAAGAACCUCCGAACGCCAAUCAAGACCCCAUGGAAGGAAAAGAAUGAAGUGGCGGAAGACCAAAAACAUGCAGAAGAUGAGGGAAGUGCUCAGUUUGAUAAGAGUCAAGAGGAGAGCUGUGGCUCACUAGAGGACAAGACCACAAAUCAGUCUGCUGUUGGGGAUACUGUGGAAAAGAGCUGCCCCAGCAGGUCCCAGGACAGUAUCCCCGCUUGUGACAUGGAAAAGACUGACCCCUCAGACUCCGGGCCCCCUGAAGAGAGCAAACAUUCAUCUGGGCCAGAGAAUUCUGAGAUCCAAGAGGACAUGAACAAACAGGAUGUUGCUACUUCAGGCUCACCAUUUAUCAGUGAAGAGAAAACCGCAUUUUAGCUUGGACAUUUUUAAAGCCUUAAAGGAAAAAUACAGACCAAAGUGAAUUUCUUGCACGUGUUGUAAAAAAUAAUAAUAAUAAUAAUAAAAAAAAAAAAGUAGUAUAAAGUUUCAAUGAAAUUGUUCAUGAAAAAUACAUGGUUUUAAUUUUGUUUGUAAAACUUUGAUUUUCCAAAUAUAAAUGUAAUAAUCUGUUACUUAAGAGUAAAUGAUAUUAACGGAUGCCUAUUGGGCAAGACAUUAAAACUGCUUUUUAAAU